GAGAUGGCAUAAUAGCACGUUGUGAAAACUGAAAAUGGUAAAAUAGUAAUUGUUUCGUCUAUAGCUGCAAGCCUGCAACCCUUCCUUUCUUUUCCUCCUUCUAUUCCAUCACCCCCAGCGUGCGCGCUGCACUCCCUCCCUGCCCCUGUUCUCUCUCUCGUGGCGACGGCGACGGCGACGACUGGGCGGCCGUUGCUGCCGCCCUACUCGCCAGGCGCCCAGGUAUUCUUCGGCCCCUUCGCCGGCGACGAGUGUCACCAGGUUCCUCGUCUCCGGAACGCAGUGCAAAGCAGAUCGAUCUCGGCCCAGCAGGGGCCUCACGACUUGACUCCCAAGGCUGACUCGAUCUCUUUGGUUUCGUGGACCGUGAUCAGACUCCAGGGCUGGAUCGUGUUUCUUCCAGUGUGCAAGCUUGGAUCUCGUAGGUCUGGUUUAGAAAGGACCGUGCUUGCUCUUUGCUGCCGCAAUCAUGCAGAGUGGGGGCGACAUGAGGCCUGUGCACAACAGUGUCGAUACAGUUAACGCUGCUGCUGUUGCCAUCGUCACCGCGGAGAGCCGCACACAGCCUCCUGCUGAACAGAGAAGGAAAUGGGCUGACCGGUUGAGCGUGUACUUCUGCUUUGGAUCACAGAAGAAUGGCCGGCGCAUGCGUGUCAACCAUGCCGCACUUGUCCCAGAACCUGCACCUCAAAGGACAGAUGCGCCUGCAGCAGAAAUUCCAAACCACCCACCGCCUCCUGUGUUCCCCUUUGUGGCACCGCCAUCCUCUCCUGCUUCUUUCCUUCAAUCAGAACCCACAUCAAUCGUACAAUCACCAAGGGCUGGAGCUCCAGCUUUUUCGCCCCUCUCACCAAAUUCCCAAUCCCCGACGGGGCCACCAUCCAUCUUUGCUAUUGGGCCGUAUGCACAUGAGACACAACUCGUCUCGCCUCCAGUGUUCUCGGCCUUCACAACUGAACCAUCAACUGCCCCUUUCACUCCUCCUCCGGAGUCUGUCCAUCUGACAACCCCUUCCUCUCCAGAGGUCCCAUAUGCAAAGCUUCUGACAUCGAUCAACAAUAGCAAGAAUGGUGAAGCAGGGGGUGAUCUCCAGUCGUAUCCAAACUACCCAGACAGCCCAAUUGGGCGCCUGAUAUCUCCAAGCUCGGGCUGUUCUGGCACAUCCUCCCCAUUCCCUGACCCUGAGAUGCAGGCUUCUUCACGCAGCGCUUUACGCUUGUUCCCAGUUCGUGAGCCCCCUAAGAUAUUGGAUGGCGAGGGCGUUGCGACACAGAAGUUGAUACCUCGCCAUAUGCGCAACGGUGGGUCCCUCUUGGAUGGCCAGAUCUCAGCAGCUGUACCAGUUGUGGACUUCUCUGCCCGACUUCAACCCAACGAGCACGCAAUGGAUCACCGGGUGUCAUUCGAGUUGACCGUCGAAGAUGUCGCGCGCUGCCUUGAGAAGAAGACUGCAAUCUCCGGGGAUUCUGGCACGGCAUCAUUCCACCUUGCACCGACCGGCAGCGGCGACCACCACAGAGAAUCCAACGAGGCAAGGGCAGGGCUCUACGUCGACGAAUCAUACCAUGACUUGCCCGAGAAAGCGAGGCGGUCCCUGUCCCUGCGCCUGGCCAAAGAGUUCAAUUUCAACAACGUCGACGUCGGUAGCGUGGAGCCGAGCGUGGGAUCCGACUGGUGGGCGAACGAGAAAGUCGCCGGGAUGACAACUGAGCCAAAAAAGAACUGGUCUUUCCACCCGGUGGUGCAGCCUGGGGUCAGCUAACCUUUGCACUGACCAUAAUGAUCUUAUACAGGGAUGAAGGAAUUAGCUUCUUCUGCUUCUGCUUCUGCUUCAGUGGUCGAUUCCUUAGGGAUGACUUGCCAGCUUGUUCUAAACAUGCAGCUAGUGGUAAGUUCUGGAUUUAGAUAGUAAUAAGUAAUGGGGUGUCCACCGUCUAAUAUCGUCAUGGGAUACUAAAGGUUUUUAUUCUGGGAGAUGUGACAAACCGCAAACUCUUUGGUUAGGGGUCGGUCGGAACUGUCCUGUUCGUCUGUUUUAUCCUGAUACCGGUGCUGUGUUGUGUAUGUACAUAAUGAAGUAGUUUUUUUUAAAAAAAGUCAAUUAAAAGGGUAGAACAGUUUCCUUCGAUAAGUUGCCAGAUGCUACCAAAUUGCUUGUGAUUGUUCCCUGCCU